AAAAAAAACAAAUGAAUAGGUAAGAAUUUUUUCAAAAAGACUCAGAAAGAGAAAAAGAAAAGGGAAGAGAGAUUACAAAAAGACAAACGAUCCCGCUUCAAAACCUCCUCUUUUAUAGGGACUCUCCUUCUCCUCAUCUUCAAUCCCCAAAUCCCCAAAUCUCAGUUCUUCGAUUCCUAAGAACAAAUUUCUGGAUUUGAAGAAACCCUAAUAAUAGUCGAAAAUCGAAAUUUUCAAAAAAGUUUCGAUUUUUGAUUUGUUUUUUUUCGGUUUUGACAAUGGGGAAGGAGAAGAAAACAGAGUCGUAUGACAAUGGGAGUUACAAUUACAAGAUGUUCAAAUGCUUCAACCGUAAAUUCAAGAUCAACGAAGUCCAACCCACAGACGACGUCCGUGACGUCUUCUGCCAAUUCGCCGUCGGCGGUGGAGGAGGCGGAGGCGACGGAGAUUCCAGCGACGGCGACGGAUCCUCCGGUGUACUCGGCGCAGAGCAGCUCUGCUCUUUCCUCGACGAUUACCAAGGCGAUUCAGAUAUAACCGUCGCGGAGGCUCAACGGUUAAUCGACGAGGUCAUACGACGGCGACACCACGUCACGCGCUUCACGCGCCACGGUCUCGACCUCGACGAUUUCUUCAAUUUCCUCUUCUACGAUGAUCUCAAUCCUCCCAUCACGCCUCAUGUUCAUCAAGACAUGACAGCUCCAUUGUCGCAUUACUUUAUAUACACAGGACACAAUUCGUAUCUUACAGGGAAUCAACUAAGCAGCGAUUGUAGCGAAGUCCCUGUGAUCAAAGCAUUGCAAAGAGGCGUUCGAGUCAUCGAGCUUGAUCUUUGGCCUAACUCUACUGGAACAGAUAUCAAUGUCCUUCACGGAAGAACGCUCACAACGCCUGUACCGCUGAUCAAAUGCUUGAAAUCGAUAAGAGAUUACGCGUUUUCUAGCUCGCCUUAUCCGGUUAUCAUCACUUUAGAGGAUCAUCUUACAGCUGAUCUUCAAGCCAGAGUUGCAGAGAUGGCUACACAGAUAUUUGGGCAGAUGUUGUAUUACCCUGAAUCAGAUAGCUUAGAAGAAUUUCCUUCUCCUGCUUCACUACUUCAUCGGAUAAUCAUCUCAACUAAACCGCCUAAAGAGUAUCUUGAAUCGAGGAACCCGAUUGUGAAACAGAAGGAUAAUAGUAAUGCAUCUCCAUCGUCAGAGGACGAAACAUCUGGAACAGACGAGAUUCAGACACUAGAAAGUAUGCUGUCUUACGACGAUUAUGAAAACAAGAGUGAUAGUGAUCAAGAGGAGGAAGAAGCGAGUGAAGAGCAGAAACCAGCAUACAAACGGUUGAUCACGAUUCAUGCCGGGAAACCUAAGGGAACGGUGAAAGAAGAGAUGAAAGUUGUGGUUGAUAAUGUGAGGCGUUUGAGUUUAAGCGAACAGGAACUUGACCGGACUUGUUCAUCCAACAGCCAGGAUGUUGUAAGGUUUACACAGCGGAAUUUGCUUCGGAUAUACCCGAAAGGGACAAGAUUUAACUCCUCAAAUUACAAACCGCUUAUCGGUUGGACUCACGGAGCACAAAUGAUUGCAUUUAAUAUGCAGGGAUAUGGGAAAUCUCUGUGGUUGAUGCACGGCAUGUUUAGAGCCAAUGGAGGUUGCGGAUAUGUCAAGAAACCUAACUUCUUGAUGAAGAAAGGGUUUCAUGACGAAGUCUUUGACCCUAAGAAGAAACUUCCUGUGAAAGUGUAUAUGGGAGAUGGAUGGCGUCUAGACUUCAGUCACACUCAUUUCGACUCAUAUUCUCCUCCUGAUUUCUACACUAAGAUGUUCAUAGUGGGUGUACCAGCGGAUAAUGCGAAAAGUAAGACAAGAAUAAUCGAAGACAAUUGGUAUCCGAUUUGGGAUGAGGAAUUCAGUUUCCCAUUAACAGUUCCAGAGCUUGCAUUGCUUAGGAUCGAAGUCAGAGAGUACGAUAUGUCGGAGAAGGAUGACUUUGGUGGACAAACAUGCUUGCCUGUUUCAGAGUUAAGACCGGGGAUUCGAUCUGUGCCUUUGUAUGAUAAGAAGGGGGAGAAAAUGAAAUCAGUACGGCUUCUUAUGCGGUUCAUCUUCGAAUGAUUUGGUUUAAAUUAAUAGAAAUGGGUGUGUUUGAGAGAUAAUUUGCACCCAUUCAAAAAAAAAAAAAAAAAGAAGCUUUGAGGUAUUGUAUAAUGUAGCUUGAAGAUCAAAUGUAUCUUUGCUCUGAUAUCUCCAAUAGUGUUUAUAUACCUACCAUAUUGAAGAAAAUGAAAUUAUAGUCUACAUUUUUUUUUUCAAUAUGUAAGAAUCUCUUGUAAGAUGAUCUAUACUUGGAAUUUGCAAAAGUGUUACUUAUUGAAUAAACUCAUAGUUG